UGGGAUGAGAGGCACAAGGGCGUUUGUGACCUGCCACAAGGCCUUAGUGUGCAAACAGUUUCAAUAGUAACAAAACAAGGCUGAAAAUUGUUCCAGUGAAAAUGCAAGUUCUCCCCUAAAUUCCCGUUGAUGGUUCGGACAUUGCGGGACCGGAGCGUGCCUAGAGCGCACCGCUGAUUCCUUUUGGCGUCUGACUGGCGAAUGACUUUGUUGAACAUGGAGGUAGACAACGAACUGGACCAGACUCUGCUGCAGCAGUUCAGUUGCAUGGGCACCACAGACAAAGAUGACUUAGUGAGGCAACUGCAGAAACUUGUUGGCCACCAUUUGAACUCCACGACGGCUGCGUUUUUCCUUGAUAUGAACAACUGGAAUCUACAAGCUGCAAUCUGUUCCUAUUUCGAUUGCCAAUCCCCAACAGACCUGCCGUCCAUGGUCCUUGUGAAGGAUGUGACGAUAGGUGAGGGAGAAAGUGUCCCACCAGCGACCCAAUUCACCAAAACAUGGAGAGUUCAGAACAAUGGUGAUGAUGAGUGGCCAGAUGGCUGCUGUCUACAAUUUACUGGCGGAGUUCAACUCUCAGAAUGUGAAAGGGUACCUGUACAGCCUGUACGGGCAGGUGCCGUUACAGACAUCAGUGUGGAAAUGAGAAGUCCUUUAACACCAGGAAUCUACCAGAGCAAGUGGAGAAUGGUCACACCUGCUGGGUCAUAUUUUGGAGAUGUCAUCUGGGUUAUUCUUACGGUAGCAGAGGGGGGUACCAUGGCAUUGACGCAGCAGCUUUCACAUCUCAGUGAUUUGGGGGCAAGUCCUCCGCCACAUGCUCCUCACAUGCUCAAUCCCUUCACCAGACUCCUUUCUAGUCAUAAUGUCUUUCAGGGCCAAGCUGAAGGUGGGGACGUAGCUAUGGAUUUGAGACCUAACGAAGGACCUGAAUGAUUAUAAGGUUCGGAGCAAUGCACUGUUGUGUCAAGAAUUGGGGGCUUAGGGCACAACUCAUGACUGAAGAUUUUUUAAUUUUAGUUAAGUUUCUUUGUAAACAGAACCUGUGAAAACCCUUCAACUCAAAAUCUGCGUCUUUUAUAUGUAGUUUUGAUAAACAUAAUACCGUUAUUCUGGAUCUACUGCCAGCCAAGAGGUACCUGGAACUGCGCUCCCCCUAAAACCCUUAAAUGCCUCUUGUUCACAUACAUUCUAAACUUUGCUCCAAAUGAGAUGUGGGUGAUUUGCAUGUUGUAAGAUUUACCACAUCUAAAAUUUAAAUUAUAAAUUCUCUCUUAAUUUAAGAUAUCAGUUGUAUUAUAUAACUUAACUAACCUUAUGUCUCAAACGAAUUUCUCUUGUAGCAACCUUCUUUUUAUUUUCCGUGAUUAAGUGGUUCAUCCAAAGAAGUCUAUGCAAAACUUAUUCUGUAUCUGUCUUAUGUUUUUGUACAAAAAUUUCAUAGUUUGUUUGCUUGUUAUCUUUGUUUGUCAUUUGUUUAAUACUGAGAGGAUUGAAGUCACUCUCAUCUCAGUUUCCAGAGAUAUUUAUCUAAAAAAGAAGUACAUGUUCUUUAAACUUCAUUCUGCAAUUCUUCAAGAUGUUAAAAAAGUAAAAUUAAAUUGGAACAGUUGGGUGACUGUUAAGUAAACCGAAAUAUUUUCUAUGCUAAUGACCUGAGGGUUCGCCUGAAUCUAUAGGUCCUUUUUGCCUUCCAAGAGACAUUCCCAAUUCCAAUUUUCUUAACAAUACAAUUCCAAAGAACACUUACAAAGGAAAUUUAUUGGACCAUUUAAUCACCCUCUGUUUUUAAUACUUGAGGCAGCUGUGGCUGCUGUUAAAUGAUCACAUUUUGUACAAUUUAAGAUAGGGAUGUGUAUUGUGUUAAAAUUUCUUCCAAUGGUGAAAGAGUAGAUUCAGAAAUGGUUACUUAUUAAUCAGUUUGUAGUUUUGGCCUGAAAUAUGUGAGUAUGUUCCAGCCUAACAGAUUUUUCUCACUUAUUCAGAAGUUGUUAUGUAACCUACUUUUUAUAGAUGUAAUUUGUCCAGCUGAACACAAUACUUUGUUUACAUUGCUCUGAAAAUAACUAUUAGGAGCUUAACAUAUAUGCCCCCUGCUGCUAGAGGAACAAUUUUCUUUCUUAGAAUUUGUGCUACUAAAGCUCUGUUGCAAUAAGCAAAUUUAACUUUUUGAAAAGGAUGGAUAAGGACAAGGCUGUGAUGUCUCUUCUCUUCUCUUCUCUUUAUUUUGGCAGAGCAGAAUGUGAAAGGCAAGUGUCUACUGCUUCCACAGUUCUUCCCAUCAACGGUGUUGUGUCUUAUGUAUUGUAUGUUUGUUACUUUGUGGUGUGAGUUAGUGGAACAGUGUGUACAGAGUGAAUGUGGCUGGGACUGCCCUCCUGUAUUGUAUUUUUGUAUGCGUGAGUGUCUUAUUGUAAUGUAUUGUGAGGGGUAGGUACGAUGACAACUGGGCAGUUUUAUGAAAUUGAUAUCUCCACAAAGUGUGCAUAACUUCUUUUGUCUGUAAAGUUUGUUCCUACAAUUUUAUUUUGGGCUUAACAAGUAAUAAUGCAGCUUGGCAGAUUCUUCCAUUUUUACCCUCGAAGACUCCGCACUUUAAAGCAAUUUAAAUUUAAUUCUCGUUUUACCUGUGUAACGACUACUGCCAGCUAAAUGAUCGUCUUUCUACAUCUGUAAGUUGAUGCCUGUGGAUUGUCAGUUGGAUGGGUUUAUUAUUUACAAAUUUACAUAUUCUCUAUGCGCAGCUACCUUACUUUCAAUUUUGUGUUUUGUUGUCAGCUAGAAAAAAUCAAGCAUUUUGUAGAUUUUGAAUUUUAUUAAUAUGUACUCUUGUUUCAUUUGUAUAAAAGAAAAGAUUGUACAUAAUUAAAGUAUCCAUUAUAAAUUUAAAAAAUGUUUGUUUCAAAACUUUAUUAUAAGGUUUUGUUAAUAAAUGACAUCAUCACUGUUUGACUCGUGUACUUCUGUGGGAAUAUUUGCUGGGUGGGACUCUUGUCUGAUGUGUCAUUUAUCAACAUUUCCUAAUGUUAUGUGUUAGUUUGUGGAAAUGUCUUUUGUACUUCUACCAGGAGCCAAUAUUUCUCUUCUUUAAGGUAGGACUUAGUCUCCAAUGUUCAGCGAAUCAAUUGUGGAGGAAGCAUCCUAAAGUAUCUCGAUGCAAUCAUGAAUCUAGUGAUAGUUGAUUCUGACACUGAUAGCUAUGCGAUUUGUUAUUUUUGUGCAAAACUGUAGUCUGUUCUUUGUGACAACCUGGAAGGAUUUUAUAUAGGCUCAGACUUUUGUGCUGUACACGUGUCAAAUUAUCCUUUUGGCCUGUUUGUAGCACAUUUGGGAUGCUUCUGCCUGAAGUACAUGGCAAAUUCCAGCCUUUUGGUUAAAAAUUGAAUAAUACCUAUAAGUAAUUGUAGAAUUCAAGGUUGUGGAUUGUCCACAUUUACACAUGUGUGCGGAGCUAAAGAAAUUAUUUAAAGCUCUAUUUUAUUAAUUAAAAUCAUGGUUGGUUGAUUGAUUUAAAAUUUUAAAGCAUUGAUUCGUUGUUGGCUUAAGGAACUACUUGAAAACAAGCGAGAAAUCAUUUCAAAUCUCGUUGACAUGUGUUGUUCAGCUAAGACUUUUCUUGGUUUUUAUUUACUGGAAUAAAUUGUUAAGAAAUGAAA